AUGCGUCUUCUUGGCCAGACACAGCAUGGUAUCUAUGCUGAAGAUCCUAUGGAUAACGUGCAUCCAGAUACUCUCAAGCAGUAUUAUGGUGUAAUGGGCAGUAUUCGUAACCGACCUGUUGGACAGACCGGUGCAGGUCACCCUGACGAUGAACCUAUGGAGGAGGAUAGUAGUGAUGAAGAAGCUGAUGAAACUGACCAUGCAAUUGAGGAACUAGAGAAUCAAAUUGAAGGCGACCAAGAACAACAUAUCCGACAUAAGCCUAUCAAGGUGGCCACUCACCAAGAUCCCUUUCCUAAUCCUAAUCAUAAGAAUCUCUUUCUAACCAUACUGCAGGAAGUUCGCAAUGCAGGCCUGAUUCCUGCCGGAUAUGGUGCACGUGCAGAAGAAUGGGAAGGUGGUCAGUAUCUGGAGGAGUCUAUUAAGUUCAGCAAAAAGAAAAAGGAACUCAUCGUCACCCUCCCAUCGGAAAUUUGGCUGCCAAGGGCAAUUCUCUGGGUGCAAGCUUUGGACAUUAUGAUGCGACUUGGAGUUGGUGAACACUGA